CGAUUUUAUUAUUCUGGGCAAGACUUGUUUGCAAUUGACCCUGAAAAUGGCUCAGCAUGCACGGUGUUGUCUACCUAGCUUUGGUACCACCUCUAGUGGACCUAAACGCGCUGUUUCAAUAAGAGCACGAACAACCCCUAUGCAAAACACCAAACUACUUGCCGCAUUUGACCAAGGCCAACUAGUUUCGCUGCUCAGAACGGCAUGGGGAUUGCUGCUGUAUCGAUACACUGGCCUAGAGGAUAUCUGUUUUGGCUACCAACAUGCCCAUGCCUCUAGCAGUGAUUUGUUACAGUCUAGAAAGUUGUCAAUGUGCAGGCUAUCUAUCACUGAAAGUGAUUCGAUACAGUCUGUAAGAAGGAGAGUCGAGGGGAACGAUAGCCUUGAGGCUGUUUCUGAAAUUUCGGAGGGCUUAAAUGCCGAUCACAAUGGCGAUUGGCCAUUCAAUACCAUCCUCAUGGUACGGACCUGCUGUGAUCGCACCAAAGGUUCCGGAGGAACCUCUGUGCGAUCAAUGCUAGCAAUUAAUCUUCCAUCGGAGUGUCGCGUUAGACUCCAUGUAAAAGUAUUGCAGCAAGAAAUUUGCAUCUUCCUGGAAUGGUGGAAUACGGAAAUAUCUGUAGCGCAAAUGGACAGUGUCGCCUGCUACUUUGAGAAUCUGUUAAAUCACACACUCUCUACCACGGAUGUUGUCUUAACGGAUUUGAACAGCUUUCUCGGACUUGACUGGUCGCGGAUCUGCAAGUUCAACUCCGUCCUCCCAGAGGCGGUCAAUCGUUGUAUCCACGACGUCAUACGAGAACGGUCACUUAUCCAUCCCCAAAAUGAAGCUGUGUGCGCCUGGGAUGGAAGCUUUACCUAUGGGGAGUUAGAUUAUCUCUCCAGUAAGCUGGCAAGUCAUCUUCAAGCCCAGGGUGUUGGACCGGAAGUCCGCGUGCCCCUUUGUUUUGAUAAAUCAAAAUGGUAUAUCGUGGCGAUGCUUGGGGUUCUGAAAGCUGGAGGUGCAUUCGUUCCCCUGGAUCCGACUCAUCCAACAUCUCGGUUGCGUUCCUUGGUUCAAUCGAUCAAUGCAAGGAUUAUGCUUUGUUCUAGAAACAGGGAAGAGCAUUUGGGGAAUGUUGCAGAGCUCUUAACCCCACUGGAUGAUAUCCUGUUGAAUGGGAUUCAGCUCUCGCCCGGGGAAGUAAUUCAAUCGCAAGUAAACAGCAGCAACGCAGCUUACUUGAUAUUCACAUCUGGUUCGACAGGGCAGCCAAAGGGUACUUUACUGGAACAUGGGGCCUAUGUUCUUUUUGAAUCUCUUACACCAUUAAUUCAUGGCGGCUGUGUAUGCAUCCCCAGUGAUAAGCAACGCUUAAACGAUAUCGUUGGGGCAAUCAAUCAAAUGAAGGUCAACGUGGCCUGCCUUACUCCGUCUUUUGUCAAGUUCGUCGACCCUUCCCAAGUUCCUUCUCUCAAAACUCUCGUCCUUGCUGGGGAAGCAAUGUCCAAAACACACCAGGAAACGUGGUCCAAUAUCAAGCUUGUGAAUGGAUAUGGCCCCACGGAAAGCGCAGUCUCUGCGGCACUUAAUACAAACAUUCGCUUUGCAUCUGAUUGUCAAGAUAUAGGGUUUCCGACUGGAGUGCGUGCCUGGAUUGCCAACCCAAAUAACCAUGAUCAACUCGUUCCGGUUGGCAGCCCAGGUGAGUUGCUGCUUGAGGGCCCAACGCUUGCCCGCUGCUACGUGAAUAACGAAGAGAAAACAAACGAAGUCUUCAUCUAUAAUCCUGCGUGGUCAAGAGACAAUCCUGGCUCCGGUGAUCGCAGGUUCUAUAAGACUGGAGAUUUGGUAAGAUAUAACUCAGAUGCUGGCUCGCUGACAUUCAUAGGAAGAAAGGAUACGCAGAUUAAGCUGCACGGCCAGAGAAUUGAACUUGGGGAGAUCGAGAACAACCUCAGCACACUUCCCAAAGUCAAGCACUCUCUAGCAUUUCUGUCAGGUUCCGGGUUCUCCAAAGGCAAAAUAGUGGCCGUUUUGUCUUUACAGGGCGGACCAUCCUCGAAAGAAAUGCCACUCAAACUUCUUGAUCAUUCCAAAAAGUCUGUUGUUAUUGCAGAAUUUCGUAGCCAACUCUCUUCGCGGCUUCCAACCUACAUGAUUCCUUCAGUAUGGUUGUGCGUUGAAUCCCUGCCAUUACUCCCAUCCGGUAAAUUAAACCGGAAGGAAGUGAUGAACUGGGUUAUAAAUAUGGCGGAAGAUCCUGAUAACGAAGCUGUUGAAGUCCGCUCUGUCGCCGUGGUGCAUACUACGGACCCAGAAAACACAAUUCAUGACCGAUUGAUGUCAGUAUGGAGUCGAGUGCUUAACAUUCCCAGAAAUCAAAUCGGUCUUGAUCAGGGAUUCUUGAGCUUGGGUGGCGACUCUAUUGCUGCGAUAACCUGCAUGGGCUUUUGUAAAAAGCAAGGAAUGGGCGUUACAGUGCAGGAUAUACUUCAAAGCAAGUCAAUCAAAGACCUGGCCACACAUGUGAAGGAGAUCAAUCAACCAGUGGUAUAUCAGGAAGCAACGGACCAGCCCUUUGGACUCUCGCCAAUACAAAAACUCCAUUUUAUGGCUCGCCGGGAGGGGCAAGGACAUUUCAAUCAAGGAAUUCGUACCCGUCUGAAUCAACCAGUGGCGGAGGGCGAUCUACGCCGCUCUAUUGAAACCCUGAUUCGGCGCCAUUCCAUGCUUCGGGUUCGGCUGAGUGAGGAUGAUAGUCAUGGAUUCUUUCAACAGCGUAUUACACAAGACGUCGAUGGUUCCUAUCAAUUGCAAACGCACAAUAUCAGACACGAGUCCGAUAUUGAACAGGCUAUUUCUGAAAGCCAGCUAUCCAUCAAUGCAGUCAAUGGGCCUCUUUUAUCCGUCGAUAUUUUCCAGCGGAGUGAUGAUGCCACUGUCCUAUCAAUGGUCGCCCAUCAUCUUGUCGUUGACAUUGUGUCAUGGCGGAUUAUACUCGAAGAUUUGGAAGAUCUCCUCUUAAACGCAGAUGACAAUACGACUUUAAGCAGCUCCCUUCCUUUUCCAACUUGGUGUCGCUUACAGGACGAACGGACACAUGUUUCGCUUUCGCAAAAGAGUACCGAUUUGGACAGCAUGCUGACUCCAGAUUUUGCCUACUGGGGAAUGGAAAAUCCCAUUUCAACGUAUGGAGACGUGGUUUGUGAGAUAUUCGAAGUCAGCGCAGAGGAUACUCAAUCUAUAUUACUAGAGUGUCACGACAGCCUUCAAACUGAACCUAUUGAUAUAUUGUUGGCAGCACUAAUGCAUUCAUUCGGGCAAACAUUCAAAGAUCGACCUCUACCAACCAUCUUCAACGAGGGUCAUGGGAGAGAAGUAUGGGACUCGACAAUCGAUAUUUCUCGUACUGUUGGCUGGUUCACCACGGUCUUUCCAAUCUCUGUGACAGAUUUUGAUGCCAGCAACCCCGUGGAGACAGUGAUACGUGUCAAAGAUGUCCGCAGGAGUGUCCUAGAUAAUGGCAGGCAGGCCUUUGCGGAUCGUAUGUUCUCGACUACUGAGUCCGGUGAUUGCAGACAUCCUUGUCCAAUGGAAAUCACUUUCAACUAUGUUGGCCAGCAUCGUGAUUUACAACGACAAGACGGUUUGUUCAAGCUCAUGGACCAAAUGGCCGGAGAGACUGGUCAAGGUGGAGGUGCAGCAGACUUUGGCGAAGAGACCCCACGAUUUGGACUUUUCGAAAUAUCUGCGCUGGCUGUGAAUGGUAAACUUCGGUUUACGUUCUCCUUUAAUAAAUAUAUGAAACACCAGGAAGCUAUUCACGACUGGAUAUCUUGUUGUAGUGACCUGCUUAAAUCCAUUGGAAAGACACUUCAGGAUCUCUCACCAAGACCAACAUUGGGCAGUUUCCCCAUGCUUCCAUUAACAUAUCAGGAGCUUGAAAACAUGGUGGCCCAAAAGUUACCAAGCAUCGGCGUCAGCUGGGCCGAUAUCGAAGAUGCUUAUCCUUGCUCACGCAUGCAGCAGAGCAUCUUACUUGCUCGCUCUCGUGACAGCUCUCUAUAUGCUGUUCAUGAUACUUACGAAGUAUUCGACUCGGAGCACAAGCCUGACGCUACAAAGUUGGGGAAUGCAUGGCGAAUGGUCGUUUCCCGCCAUGCGAUGCUGCGUACCUUGUUUGUUGAAAAUUUGACCAGUCGUGAUUUGUUCUGCCAAAUAGUACUUAAGUCGUUUGAGCCAUCUCCUAUCCAUUUGAGAUGUUCGGAUGAUUGUGACGUCCUAGAAACAUUUGAUAUCCAGAAGCGAGAAAUUUACAAUGAGCAUCAACCCCAUCAUCGCUUGACAAUAUGCGAAACAACUUCCGGGAAGGUGUUUUUCAGAAUUGAACUCAGCCACGCAGCGAUGGACGGCGUGUCAAUUUCGAUCAUCUUAAGAGAUUUGCAGAUGGCUUAUGAGGGCAAACUCAACGACCACAAACCAAUUUUUAGGAACUACAUGCAAUAUCUACACGACCUCCCUCAGGCUCCUAGCUUUGAAUACUGGCGUACAUAUUUGGCUGAUAUCAAGCCCUGCAUUUUCCCCAUACUUGACGAUGGAAAGCAAAUUCUUCAAAAGCAGCUCCGAACCGUGCAGCUCAGUUUUGGCUCUUUCCGCGAGUUGCAAUCUAUCUGUGAGCAGAGUGGUUUGACACUGUCAACUGCCUUCAGUGCGGCUUGGGGUCUAACGCUUCGUCUUUUCUGCGGCUCAAACGACGUUUGCUUUAGCUAUAUGACCUCUCUUAGAGAUGCAUCGGUUAGGGAUAUAGAGUCAGUCGUUGGGCCCGUCAUCAAUCUCUUAGCUUGUCGUAUGCAAGUUUCUGAAGAUGAUUCACUCAAAGGUAUACUGCAGAGAGUACAGGACAAUUACAUGCACAGUCUUCCCCAUAAGACAUUGUCCCUCAUUGACAUCCAACAUGAGUUGAAACUUUCUGAUACUGUAUUACUCAAUACCGGAGUUUCCUACAGAAAAGUUUCCAAUACGGACACCGCAUCGACCACAGCUGUGGAAUUUUCCAGAGUCGGCACAAUCCAAGAUCCUGCAGAGUUCCCCCUAUUUGUGAAUAUUGAGGUGUCAGAACAAGACGCAAGUAUUGAGCUGAACUAUUGGACAAAUCAUUUGUCUGAUAAACAAGCGGAAAACGUUGCUACCAUUUUCCUCAAAUGCCUAAAGGACAUUGUCACGCACCAUGACGAGCAAAUUGCCCAGGUCGAGAACUUGAGUGAAUGGAACAAGCGCCAAAUACGAAGAUGGAAUAAACCACUUGUCGAGGAAAUCGACAUGUGUGUACAUGAAGCUUUCCAUGAAAAAGUGGCUGCGCACCCAGAUGCUAUUGCCAUUGCAGCUUGGGAUGGGACUCUCACGUAUGCCAGCCUUGACGACUUGUCUUCUCGUUUGGCAAGUUAUUUGGCACAGCUCGGGAUAUCCACUGGAGAUCUGGUGCCAAUUCAUUUUAACAAAUCAAUUUGGCAAAUUGUAUCUAUUAUUGCUGUGCUUAAAGCAGGAGGCGUCUGUGUUCCAAGGAACGAGGCCCACUUUCCUGGACAUCUGGAUGGACGGCUGACUGGCACUGCAGCACACAUUGUGCUCGCAUCGGUAUCCCAUGCGGAAGUUCUCGAAGGCGAGAUUUUGGGUGUUAUUGCUGUGGAUGAGAGUCUUUUUGAUUGUCUGUCGGGUUCAAGCGCAGCAUCUCAUACGCAAAGGCCUCCUUCAGAUGAUGGCUAUGUUGUGCUUACUUGCGGCGACUCCCAACCCCCCAAAGCAACUAUCUUGGAUCACCGAGCCAUCCUGUCUCGCGCCAAUACUUUUUCUUCUGCUCUAAAGAUCGGUUCAGAGACAAGAACGCUACAAUUUGCGCCUUACACGACCGACAUGUUUCUCCAGGAAGUAUUCGGCACUUUGAUGAGCGGCGGCUGCCUCUGCAUUCCCGAGGGCGAUGAGCCAAGUCAACUGGUGGCAUCUAUCAAUAAGCUAGAUGUCAACUUGCUUAGCGUCACUCCGUCAAUGGCGUCCCUCAUUCAACAAUCUGACGUUCCAAGCAUUCGAAUACUUUCCUUAUUUGGUGAAGCUAUCCCAAACAAAGUCAUUGAGAUUUGGUCGAACAAGGUGGAACUACACGGUUUUUACGGCACAGCUGAAUGCUCCUUCACUUGUAUCCAUAAUCCAAAUUUGGACAAAAUGGGAAAUUCACAUGUUAUUGGAUCAAGUGUUGGAUGCCGCUCGUGGCUUGUUGACCCUUCAAACCAUUCCCGGCUUGUUCCAGUGGGAUGCGUUGGUGAACUGGUGAUAGAGGGCCCUGGUGUCUCCCAUAGUUAUCUAUGCGAAGGGGAGCUUGCAAAGAGCAGUUUUAUCAAAGAGUCAAGCUGGGGUUCCCACCGGAGUCAGGACUCAUAUUCACUGCUUUCCAGAUCGUCUGGCCGGAUGAUGAAAACGGGAGACCUAGCCCGUUACAACUCAGAUGGAACCUUCGUUUACCUGGGGAAGAAAGGCGAUAUUUCCCGCCAGCUAUCCCAAAUCACAACUUUUGAAAUCGAACGAUUUUUGGAACGUUUUUCACUUCCAGGUCACCGAUGUGUUGUGGACACGAUUGGCAUUGACGAUGAAAAGAGCCCUUCAAAAUCUCUCGUUGUCUUUGCUCUCCCCGAGACAAACGAGUCAACCAAUUUCAAGACAGAAAGAACUCUCAUCGGUCAGAAAACGCUUGACUUCCACAAUACCAUGGCAAAGCUACACUCAUAUUUGUCGAAUCUGAUGCCGUCAAGCCAGGUGCCGGAUCUGUAUUUCCCUAUACAAGUUCUCCCGUUGACAACACUGGGUAAAUUGAACCGUCGAAUGCUAAGAGAGGCAGCUUCAGCCUUACCCGAGGAAACUAGGUGUGGAUUUAGUAUCAAGGCCUUUGGUGACUUCUGGAGAGCUCAACUAGAGAAGCCGGUGACUUCACAUGAGUUUCUCUCAGUACCGCAGGCCUUCGAAGGCCAGAAAAAGAUCUAUGCACACUGUGACGACAUAAUCUUUGGGGAUCUGUUGCUGGACGCUGCCGGCGGCUCCACAAAAGAUAUCCUAGCCUCCGCUACAGUUAUUCCCCGGCGCAUUCGAGUCGACAAUACCUGUACCAUUGCUGGAUUUCUCAAACAAGUCGAUUCUGCGUUGGCCGCAGCUAAGCCUUACCAGAAGGCCCCGUUUCGAUGUAUUAAGAAUCUCGGCGCGGAUGCUGCUCAAGCAUGCAAAUUUAACUCUCUACUCUCGGUUUCGGUCUCGGACUUCGACAUAAGCCAGCAGAGCGACUUCCUGGAACAGCUAGAGUCCGAUUUGCAAGAACAAUGUGGGCUGCAUUUGUGCCCUCUCGCACUAUUUUGUAGUGUUGAGACGGACGGACUACAGUUGAGGGUUCGCUACGAUAACACAGUUUUGUAUUCCUCCCAAGCUGAACGCCUGACUUCCCUAUUCGUGGAAUACUUGGAGAUUCUGGCAUCUAAAACCGUGUUGCAGGAGAAGCUUUGUGAUUUGGCAAAGACGAGUGACAGCCUUCGUGAUUUCAAAGACAAUGUUGCUUAUUGGAAAGAGGGUUUAGCCGAGACCGAGCCCUGCCUAUUCCCCUCUUUAAGCACGCGAAAGGGAGAGCAAGGCAAACUUCACAUGGAAAGCUUGAAAUUGAAAAAUGUACCACAGAUGCAGCAGGAGUGCAGGGGGCUUGGGGUCACUCCAAACUUUCUCCUCCAGGUUAUCUGGGGGUUGGUCUUGCGUUGCUAUACCGGGUUGGAGGAUGCUUGCUUCGGCUACUAUGGGCCAAGGACAAGUUUGGCUGACAAUACUGGCCAACCUAAAGUUAAGAAUGCGCAGCACGACCUCCUGCCUUGCAAACUUAGCUUGCAUGAUGAAAUGAACCUACAGGAUUUGAUUGCGAAGAGGCGGAUUGAGUUGGACUUGAUGUUUAACCACCGAAUGCCUCUCCACGAGAUCGAGCAAGUUGCUGGGUUUGAGAGUUCUCCGCUUUUCAACACGAUCUUCAGGUAUACUGAGGAGUUCAAUAAUGAGGCCUUCUACAGCUUCGAAGAAGCCCUCAGCAGGUAUCUCAUCAUUGUCAACGCCAAAGUUUCUGGGUCUUCUGGAGAAAUUGACUUUAAGUAUCUCCCGGCAAGCUUGUCAUCGAACGAUAUCGGCAGCAUUAUGGACUGCUUUGAACAUACUCUGGGUUCCGUUCUGACCCUGUUGAAGUCGGAUGCUCUACUUAGAGAUGUUGACUUCUUUGGUCCCCGAUCCUGUCAACAAGUAUGCAAAUGGAAUGCAACUCUUCCCGAGCGACCAAGCAAGUGCGCACACGAGGUGAUCCAAGAGCAAGUAGCAAAACAACCCUCCGCACCAGCUAUAUGUUCCUGGGAUGGAGACUUUAGCUACAAGCAACUCGAUUUAUUGUCAACUAAACUUGCCAUUCAAUUGAUCAACAGCGGGGUAGGCCCCGAAGUUUUUAUAGGGCUGUGCUUCGAAAAGUCGGCUUGGGCUGUUAUUGCGCAGGUGGCAGUUCUAAAAGCCGGUGGCGCAUUUGCAUCAUUGGACCCUUCUCAUCCUGAAAGCCGUCUGAAGGGACUCGUUGAUGAUAUUAACGCCCCUAUUGUUUUGUGCUCGAGAAAAUAUCUUGACAAAGUGUCCCGGGUAUGCAAGAUUGCCCUUGCCGUCACCGAAAGUGUAAUUGAACAGAUUCCUGAUUCUUUUAUCCCGGCCUCGAUCCCGAAGCCAAGCAUCGACAAUGCCGCCUACGCCAUUUUCACGUCUGGAACUACAGGAAAGCCAAAGGCGACGGUGCUCGAACAUAUUGCCCUUGGAAUUGCUUCUGUUUCUUUCGCCCAUCAUCUGUCAAUAAAUUCAACUACACGUGCCUUGCAGUUUUCAAGUUAUACAUUUGACGUCAGUGUACUUGAAACCAUCAUAGUUCUCAUGACUGGUGGCUGCGUGUGCGUCCCCAGCGAUGAAGAGCGGUUGAAUAACCUUGCUGGCGCAAUUAACAGGAUGAAGGCAAAUUUCGUCACCUUCACACCAUCUGUUAUGAGCACUCUUAACCCAGAAAGUGUUCCAACCUUGAGCAUCAUUAUAUGUGGUGGAGAGAAGCUAACGGAAAGCCAUGUUAGUCGUUGGGUGGACAGACAUGUUUUCAAUGCCUACGGCCCUUCAGAGGCUACUAUCAUCGCAACCGCAAGCUUGAAAACAGAUUCAACGGGUGUCAGGAUUGAUGAUGACAUUAACUGCAUUGGAACUGCACUUUGUGGUCGGGCAUGGAUUGUUGAUCCCAAGAAUUACAAUCGUCUCCUUCCUGUUGGAGCUGUAGGGGAAUUAGUGUUGGAAGGAUGCAACACUGCUCGCGGUUACCUUAACAACGACAAGAAAAACCAGGAGGUCUUCAUAAAAAACCCUCGAUGGUGUCCAAAAUCAGGGCUUCGAGAUGUUCUUGACCAUAGUGAGCGGAUGUAUCGGACUGGAGACCUUGUUCGAUACAAGUCCGAUGGAAACCUUUGCUUCAUCUCCCGGAUGGACACGCAAAUCAAGCUCAACGGCCAGCGAAUUGAGCUAGAGGAAAUUGAGAAACAAUGCGCUCUAUCAUUACCAGGCAAUUCUCAAGUAGUUGUUGACAUCGUGACACCCGAAACCAAAAUGAUGGCUAAAGGUUUAGCUGCCUUUUUCACAGUCAACGAUGCGAAAGAAUCUAAGGAUGUUACGACAUCUAAUGCACUGGUUCCGGGGUCCGAAUCUACUCAAAGCACUAUUGAGAGACUCUAUAGAUCCCUGAGUGAAGUUUUGCCGCAGCUUAUGAUACCCAAGUUCUAUUUCCCCAUGCGAUAUCUGCCCUUGGGAGCCACUGGCAAACUUGAUCGAAAAGGGCUACAAGCUAUGGUCCAGGCACUUUCCAAGACACAGCUGAAGGCAUACAUGAUUUCGAACACUGGCCCGGAACAGGCCGUCGCACAAGGAGUAGAAUCAACCCUUAGAAAUCUUUGGGCAGAAGUUCUGGACCUCGAGCCCAGUUCCAUCAGCGCUGAAGACUCUUUCUUCGGAUUAGGGGGAGACUCUUUUUCUGCCAUGAAGCUUGUUGGAGCUGCAAUGUCUCAGGGAAUUUCACUGUCUGUUGCCGAUAUCUAUGGACAUCCGGGCUUGUCGGAUUUGGGCAAGAGGUGCAAUAUCGCGAGGGAAUCCACAGAAAGACCUGUGCUAAAGCGGUUCAGCCUUUUGUCUACUGAUGUACCCUUUGAAAAUAUUCUGGAAGAAGUUUCUGAGCAGUGCAGUGUGCCUGGAGAUUCUAUAUCGGAUAUCUAUCCCUGCAGCGCGGUGCAGGAAGGACUAUUUACACUCUCUAUUCAGCACCGGGGGUCCUACAUCGCACGUCCCAUUUUCCAAUUGGCUCCAAACAUUGAUCUCGAAAGGUUCAAGGCAUCUUGGCAACAAGCAGUUGAUGAGAAUGAUAUUUUACGGACCCGAAUUGUGCACACCGAAGCUGCGGGAUUCCUCCAAGCUGUUCUCAACCAUGAACGGAUCUCUUGGAGUAUGGAGACAACAUUUGAUAACUUGAUGGAGGACACUCUUCAGAGCAAUGGAGGCUUGUUGACUAACUACGCUAUUGUUCAACCCGGCCCUUCAGUGCGCUACUUCAAUUCCACAAUUCCUUACAAUCUCUUCAUCAACUAUCUGCUGGAGCAAGACCCUUCUCAAUCAGACGAAUUUUGGAAAUUACAGCUUUCCAACCUUUCCUCCGUUCCAUUCCCGGAGAGCAAAAAUUCUGACUCUGGAUCUAUCCGCGUGGGAAACAGACAAAGCCGCAGUAUGAAUAUUGCACGGGCGACUGGAAGCGUUGAUAUUACUAUCCCUGAGCUAAUUCGUGCAGCUUGGUCAAUCGUGGUUUCUAUCCAUACUGGCUGUGGAGAUGUCUGCUUUGGGGAAACUCUCAUGGGCCGAAAUGUUGAUAUGCCUGGUAUCACAGAUGUGGCUGGACCGGCACUAACAACAGUACCCAUGCGUUUGAAGGUGGACAACGGACUCCAAAUACCUCAAUUUCUGUAUUAUGUGCGCCAAUUAACAGCGGCGAUGAUACCACACCAGCAUUCCGGACUCCAGAGGAUCCAGAAACUCAGCAGUGACACAGCUCUCGCUUGUGAAUUCCAGAAUCUACUUGUGAUCCAGUCCGAUUAUGGCCAGCUUAACAACGAUAUCUGGGCACCGGAAAACAACCAGACAAAUGGAGAGUUCUUUACCUACCCACUUGUUGUCGAGUGCAAGGUUUCCGAAUACGAAUUGACCAUCCAGGCCCAUCACGAUGAGCUUAUCCUUGGCAGCUGGCAAGUAGAAAGACUACUGGGACAGUUCAGCUUUGUACUCGAACAGCUCCUCAAUACCCCGAAGGGUAGUUCGAUGAAGGUUGGAGAGAUUGAUGUGUCAAGCCCUCUGGAUAAGGCCGAUAUUGCUUCAUGGAAUCAGAGAAAUCCUACUUGUGUGGACAGAUGUGCUCACGACAUUAUCAGGGAGCAAUCUUUAACGCAACCAAAUGCACCAGCUAUUUGUUCCUGGGAUGGGCAGCUAACUUAUGAGGAGAUGUUCAGUCUGGCUUCUUCUUUUGCUGCCUAUCUCGUAUCCUGCGGGAUUGGCCCCGAAACCCUCAUUCCAGUUUGUUUAGACAAAUCCGUCUGGGCUGUAGUCACUAUACUUGCUAUUUUGAUUGCUGGUGGAGCUUUCGUUCCACUUGACCCCUCUCAUCCAACAUCGAGGCACAAGGAGGUCCUGGCGGAGACUCAGGCUAAUAUGAUCAUUUGUUCUCCCCAGUACCGCGGUCGCUAUCUGGGCUCUGUGAGCACGGUUAUUCCGGUAAGCAAGGAUACCAUCAAAGCUUACAAGGAAAUUAAGACAAUUACGAAGCCCCGUGUUUCUGCUACCCCGUCAAACAUGGCCUAUGCGAUUUUCACCUCUGGCAGUACAGGACGUGCAAAAGGCAUUAUUAUCGACCACCGCGCGAUUUCAAGUAGUGUCAUGGCUUUUGGUCCUAUUGUGCAUUUGAAUAAAGACGCUAGAGCUCUCCAAUUUGCAUCACUUACCUUUGAUGCAGCAAUCAUGGAAGUGCUCGGUACUUUAAUGCUUGGAGGAUGUAUCUGCAUUCCCAACGAAGAGGAGCGCUUGAAUGAUAUUGCAGGUGCUAUGCAGCGCAUGAACGUCACAUGGGCAUUCCUCACGCCUUCAAUCGCUGCUAUCCUUGACCCGUCGAGUCUGCCUUCCCUGAAGGUUCUUUCAUGUGGUGGAGAGAAGCUAACAAGGGAAGUGGUAACCAAAUGGGCUCACCGUGUGAAGCUGAUCAAUGGAUACGGUCCUACAGAGACAACCAUUUUUGCUGUCUUGAAUACCGACUUUAUCAAUCAUGAGUUCUCUUGCAUUGGUCAUGGAAUUCGAAGCACACUAACCUGGGUUGUUGACCCGGAUAAUCACGAUAGACUUACUCCUCUAGGUGCUGUUGGGGAACUUGCACUUGAAGGCGCAGCUCUUGCAAGGGAAUACCUCAGAAAUCCUACCAAAACAGCAGAGGCCUUUAUUACCGAUCCUGUCUGGAUGAAGAACUUCCAGAGCCCUUUACCUUCACCCCGAAGGGUUUACAAGACAGGUGACCUUGUUAAGUACAACCCUGAUGGAUCAAUAGAAUGCCUAGGUCGAAAGGAUCACCAGAUCAAACUUCAUGGACAACGAAUGGAGCUCGGUGAGAUUGAGCAUCGUCUCUAUGAAGACCAGCGGAUUCGACAUGCGGUUGUCGUGUUACCACAGAAAGGUCCUCUCCGUCACAAGCUGGUUGCUGUUCUUUCCUUGAACUCGCUGAUAUCGGGCUCAAGUAUCAUCGCGAGCGGUGCAUGUGAGCUUGUCAGCCAGAUGGACAUGAUAAAGCUAGGACGCCCAGAAACCAGUGCCAUUCAAAAUAGUUUGGAAAGACAGCUACCUAUCUACAUGGUUCCGCAGGUCUGGGCGGUCAUGAAAAACAUCCCAAUGCUUGUCUCUGGCAAACUAGACAGAAAGAGAAUCACACACUGGGUCGAGGAGCUUGCAGAGGAUUCUUAUGCCCAUAUAAUGCAGGACUACGAUAACUUGAAAGGCGAAGAUAUCGAACAAGAAAAGAAAGAUGAGAAAGGAGCCGUGCUGGAAAUUCUCCGGGAUGUCUUUGCCCAGGUUCUCAACCUACCUAAACAUAUGAUCGACCCGAACCGGUCUUUCAUCAACCAGGGUGGAGACAGUAUUACCGGAAUGGCUGUCAUAGCAAAAGCGCGCAAACAAGGAUUAAGUCUGGCUCUCAAUCGCGUCCUCCAGAGUAAAUCCAUGCACGAGCUUGUUGCAUACUGUGAUGGAAAGCCUCGAGAAAUGAAGCGUGAAACCGAGUCGAUCGCCCCAUUCAACCCUUCUCCAGUCCAGGAAUUAUUCUUCCGUUGUGUUCAGGCAGCUCCUAAGGGUUGUAGACGUUUCAAUCAAAGCAUGACUGUUGGCUUAUCUCGAAAAGUGAAACCAAGGGUGAUCGAGGACGCUGUUCGUGCUGUUGUUAACAAACAUUCGAUGUUCAGAGCACGAUUCAGCAAGGCUCGGGAUGGAACAUGGCAGCAAAGAAUUACAGAGGAUAUCGAUUCGUCUUACAAAUUCCGCAUUCACUCGGUCAAGAAUAAUCGGGAGAUCCUGCGUCAUGCUGCAGACAGUCAAGGCAUCCUGGAUAUUCAAGCGGGGCCCAUAUUUGCGACAGACUUGUUUGAGUUCAUAGACGGACAUCAAGUACUUUUCCUUGUAGCCAGUCACCUUUGUGUCGACAUGGUAUCGUGGCGUCUUGUUCUGCAGGAUAUUCAGGAGUUUGUUGACACUGGCUCACUGGCUCCUGAAACGCCGCUCUCAUUCCAAUCCUGGUGUAAUUUACAGGCUGAGGAUUGCAACAAGGAGAUUGAUGGUUUGGAUAUUUCUAUGGAGCCACCUAAUCUCGACUACUGGGGAAUGAAAAAUUCCCCUAACAAUUAUGGAGAUGUCAAGAUGGAAACUUUCACGCUGAGCGAGCAAGCCACUCGAUUCCUCGUUCGCGACUGUCACGACGUUCUUCGGACAGAAACCAUUGAGGUUCUGCUUUCUGCUGUGAUCCAGGCCUUUGGCCAUGUGUUCAACGAUAGAGAUAUUCCAACCAUAUACAAUGAGGGCCAUGGACGUGAGGCCUGGGAUUCUUCUAUCGACCCUUCAAGAACGGCUGGGUGGUUCACUACAUUGUGCCCUCUACAUAUCAAAGCGCUACCAGAUUCAGAUCUCCUUGAUACAUUGAAGCGUGUUAAGGACUCUCGACGCCAAAUCGCUGGAAUCAAUCGAGCUUUAUUCGCUCGAAAUAUCCUUCAUUCCGAUAAAAAUACGGAGGCUGACAAGUUCCCCGUACCUCUCGAGAUACUUUUCAACUAUCUUGGACAGCUUCAGCAGUUAGAAGGAAAUGAGUCGCUUUUCCAGCACUAUGGAGAUGUCUUUAAUGCCGAAACCUUCGAGCUUGCUGGGGACAUGGGACCAGAAACACCUCGGUUCGCCCUAUUUGAAGUGUCCGCCCUCAUCGUGAAAGAGAAACUCCACGUCUCAUUCACUUACAACCGCAAUAUGCGGCGCGAGGCGCAGAUCCAAAAAUGGGCCUCUGAGUGUAAACGAAUUCUUGAAAUCGACUUGCUCCAAUUCAAGAAUUUAGAGCCUGAGCCUAGUCUAAGUGACUAUCCUUUGCUUCCGAUUACUUACCAAGGGUUGAAGAAUUUAACAGAGAGCACGCUUCCGUGUGCUGGAAUAUCGCGUCUGAACCAAGUGGAAGAUAUCUAUCCCUGCUCUCCGGUGCAGGAAGGGAUCUUGCUCAGUCAACUGAAGGACCCCCAGGAGUAUAUUUUUAAUGCAGUCUUUGAAGUCCAAGGGCAUGACAUAGAUCUGGCCAGGCUCCAAAAAGCGUGGUCAGCGGUCGUUUCUCGCCACUCAAUUCUAAGAACACUUUUCGUGGACAGCAACUGCAAAGGAAGCUCGUUUGACCAAGUGGUAGUCAAGGAUAUCAACGAGAAAAUAAUCGAUGUCGAGUUUGAUGAUUCAUCCGCGCUGGCCAAGAUUGACACUAUCAGACUUAAAGAUGCUAAUGCAGGCAAGGAUUCUGAUUUCUGUCAUCAAUUGGUCAUCUGCAAAACAUCUACCAGACGUGUCCUGCUAAAGAUUGAAAUGAAUCACGCUAUCAUCGAUGGGGGAUCAAUUGACAUUCUUCUGAGAGAUUUGAAACUAGCCUACAGCAAUCGACUUCCUCCAGGUCGGGGACCCUUAUUCAGCGAAUAUAUCAGACACAUCAAGGGCGUGUCUCAACAUGAGGCUCUGGCAUAUUGGAAACAACAUCUAGCGGGUGUCCGGCCGUGUCAUCUCCCCGUUUCCACGGGAGAAAGCGGUACUCGUCAGCUUGGGUCCCUCAUGAUGACAUUUGACCGUUUCCCCGAACUCCAGCGUUUCUGUGAAGAUCACUCGAUGACACUUGCCAACUUAACUCUUGCCGCAUGGUCAAUUGUGCUUCGACAGCACGCUGGAUCAGACGAUGUCUGCUUUGGUUACCCGUCCACGGGACGUGAUUCACCAGUUCCCGGAAUCCAAGAUGCAGUGGGUAUUUUUAUAAACAUGCUAUGCUGCAGAGUCCAAUUCUCGGCCGGUCAGACCUUCCUUGAUGUCAUUAAAGCAGUGCAAAAUGACUACAUCCAGGGCCUUCCUUAUCAAACCUGCUCACUUGCACAAAUUCAACACGCACUUGGCCAAAAAGGAAAGACGCUAUUCAACACAACCAUCUCAAUUCAAAAUCACUCGGAUCCUAGUAUUGAGAAAACGAACAUAUCAUUUAAGUUCCUGAAGGCGUUUGAUCCAACCGAGUUGUUGAAAGAAGGAAAACUUGCUAUCCCAUCUGUUAAAGCCAGCGACUCAAAUUCUUCCCAUGCGUCCCUACCUCUUGAGGGUGGGAUUCAAGCCUCAAUUUGCAACGUGGUUGUUGCUAGAGGAAUGACCCCUUCCGAUUCCGCACAAACCCUUACCGACGACUACAAGAUUCCAGCUGAUAUGGAAAGACGACUUUGGAGACUUUGGAGCAUCACACUUGGGCUCCCGCCGAACCCAGUGAAGCACCACGAUAGCUUCUUUAAGCUGGGCGGAGAUAGCAUAACAGCCAUGAAAUUGGUUGGUCUUGCGCGAGAAGAGGGAGUAAUGUUGACUGUGGCCGAUGUGUUCAAAAACCCUGGGUUUGAGGACUUGCUACUCGUCUUCAACGAAAAGGCUAAACUAACGACCUCUGUGUCUGAUGCGCAGAAAGUGAAUCACAUAGCAAAGUCUGAAGAAACAAAGCCUACUCUACCGGAGAGCGGGUCUUCUCGGGAGAUCUCGAUACUGCAGCCAGUAGAGCUCGAUAAUAUGUCGCUACGAGCUGCAAUAUGCCCCAAAGUUGGUGUUUUCAAAGGGGGCAUUGUUGAUGUUCUUCCAGUAACUGAUUUUCAAUCCCUAUCUAUUACCGCAACCAUGUUUGAAUCAAGAUGGAUGCUAAACUACUUCUAUCUCGAUGGGAGGGGAUCGUUGGAUAUCAAGCGCCUAAGAGAGAGCUUUUUGCGUGUGGUUGAUGCUUUUGACAUCCUUCGCACUGUGUUCGUUUGUUUCCAUGGGCAAUUCUUCCAGGUAGUGUUGCGCAAGAUUCGGCCGGAUAUUUUCAUCUACGAAACUGAAAAGAGCCUGGAUGAGUAUACUGCAUCUCUCCAGCAGCGAGACCGGGAUCAAAGUCCAAGGCAAGGAGAACAAUAUACGCAGUUUUACGUCGUAAAAAAGAGGAACAGUGAUGAGCAUCGCAUACUCAUCCGCAUGUCCCAUGCACAAUUUGAUGGAGUUUGCCUUCCAAGAAUCAUGACUGCCAUCAAGAUGGCAUAUGAGGGAAGCCCAGUUCCAGGCGCUUCGUCGUUCAUGAACUAUAUGCGACUACUGCCAGGCACAAUCACUCCAGAACACUACCAGCACUGGACCUCGCUGCUCAAAGGUUCUCAGAUGACUGAAAUUAUUCAGCGAGACACCCCUAAUUCCUUCCAGCACAUAGGAGGCUUUGCGCAGCAGAGGCGAGUUAUCGAUGUUCCAUCCACGGCAAUAGGUGAUGUUACCAUCGCAACAAUCAUGCAGUCAGCAUGGGCAACAACUCUCGCAAAGCUAUCGGCUCAGGACGACGUUGUGUUCGGGCUCACAGUGAAUGGCAGGAAUGCUACCAUACCAGGAGUCGAAAACACAAUUGGACCAUGCCUUAAUAUCAUCCCGGUUCGGGUCAAAUUCAGAGACCAAUGGACAGCGCUGGAUCUCUUCCGCUAUCUCCAAGAUCAACAUGUCGCAAACAUGCCUUACGAGUCCUUAGGGUUCAGGGAAAUCAUUAGACGCUGCACCGACUGGCCCGAUUCAACACACUUUACAACAUCUGUGUUCCAUCAGAACGUCGAAUACGAAGGCCAUAUGCAACUCGAUAGAAACAACUAUACAAUGAGCGGUGUUGGGGUGACUGACAACUUCACGGAUCUUACCCUCGUUUCUAAGCCGGUCGCCGGCCAACCCAACAAGCUCACCGUUUCCUUAGGAUACUCACUCAAAGGGCCUAUCCAUACUGAUUUUGCUAUCAACGUUCUUGACAUGGUCUGCGAAACUUUGCAGAGCCUAGUCUCAAACCCCAACGUUGCCUUGCCGUCCCCCUCCACGCUUCGUUCCAUUCCUUCCCAAGUUAUAGGGGACGCCUCUAGCACGCUUUGCAGCAACAACGACAACAACAACAACAAUCCCCUCCCCGCUUCUUUAAACAAUCGCAGUCUCUCUGAAAUCCUCACUCAUUCCUCCCUCAUAACCCAAAUCUGGCAGCAAGUCCUCCCUCCCAAACCAAGCACCGGCAAACCCCAUGCCUCCUUCCAACUCGAUUCAUCCUUCUUCCAACUUGGAGGAGACAUCGUGAACAUGGGACAGGUCGUCUGGCUCUUGGAGCAAGAAACCACUCUUCAUAUUCCUCUUGAGCAUCUUCUACAACAGCCGACAUUCCUAGGCCAAAUGGCCGUUCUGGCCAUGCAUACCGCAACACACGAAAUGAAUCUCAAUCUUCCUGCUUCUGCUUCUGCUUCUGCUCCUGCUCCUGCUCCUGCUCUUGCUCUUGCUCCCGCUGUACCGGGUCCUACUACGCCUACGGAACGUGAAAUGUCCUCUCUUCCCCCUGUGCAGGGCGGCGGCGGCGGCGAGCAAUGGAGCGCGCUAGCGAAAGCCAGGACUUUGGCUAAGAGGAUUACGAGGUUUGGAGGCUCUACCAGGGCUUAA